AUGGCCGCAGACAACAAAGUGUAUCUCAUUGGUGGUUCAAUUCCAGAAUUCAACCCUCAAACGAAGAAGCACUACAACACUAGCUUAAUCUUCGACCCAGCGGGCAACUUGUUAGCAACCUAUCGCAAGGCGCAUCUCUUCGACGUGGACAUUCCGGGAAGGGUGACCUACUAUGAGUCUGAGUACCUGGACUCGGGCAAUAAGCUAGGCUUAAUCGACCUGCCCGACUAUGGCAAGGUAGCCGUUGCAAUUUGCUACGAUAUUCGGUUCCCAGAACUUGCAACCAUCGCAACUCGCAAGGGCGCCUUUGCUCUCAUCUACCCCAGCGCCUUUCCCAUUGCCACUGGAUCCAUACACUGGCGGCUACUGGCUCAGGCUCGAGCUUUGGAUAACCAACUUUAUGUCGCUCUCUGUGGCCCUGCCCGAGACACGAGGGGCACACUUGUUGCUUGGGGUCACAGCUUAGUGGUGGACCCGAUGGCGCAGGUUGUCGUGGAAGCUGAGGAGAAGGAGGCGAUUGUCGAGUGGGAACUGGAUCCAGAUGAGAUCACUAGCACAAGGAAGAGCAUCCCAGUGAGUGGACAGAGACGGUUUGACAUCUAUCCCGACGUCAGCGCAGGGGCGAUACAGUUUGAAGAUUCAAAACUCGAAGAGCCUUGA